GUUCCGCUCCGGCCCCCGCGGCCAGGGAAGAAGCUAGAGCGGCUGUGGGUGCGAUGGGCCCCGGGCUGGUGGAUUGCCACUGCCACCUCUCUGCCCCCGACUUUGCCGGCGAUCUGGAUGAUGUGUUGGAGAAAGCCAAGAAGGCCAACAUUAUAGCCCUUGUGGCAGUUGCUGAGCAUCCAGGAGAAUUUGAAAGGAUUAUGCAGCUUUCAGAAAGGUAUGCUGGGUUCAUCCUGCCAUGUUUGGGUGUUCACCCAAUUCAAGGACUUUCACCAGAAAACCAAAGAAGUGUGACAUUAAAGGAUUUGGAUGUGGCUUUGCCUAUUAUCGAGAAUUACAAGGAUCGGUUGUUGGCAAUUGGAGAGGUCGGGCUAGAUUUUUCCCCCAGAUUUGCGGGCACUGAUGAGCAGAAGGAAGAGCAGAGACAAGUCCUGAUCAGACAGGUCCAGUUAGCCAGAAGGCUGGGUUUGCCUUUAAAUGUCCACUCACGCUCAGCUGGAAGGCCGACCAUCAGCCUCUUACGUGAACACGGUGCUGACCAGGUAUUACUGCAUGCAUUUGAUGGUCGGCCAUCUGUAGCCAUGGAAGGAGUAAGAGCUGGGUACUUCUUCUCAAUUCCCCCAUCCAUCAUACGAAGUGGACAGAAGCAGAAACUUGUGAAACAGUUGCCUUUGACUUCUAUCUGCUUAGAAACAGAUUCACCUGCACUAGGACCAGAAAAACAGACACGGAAUGAGCCCUGCAACAUUGCCAUUUCAGCAGAAUAUAUUGCCCAAGUGAAAGGGAUCCCAGUGGAAGAAGUCAUAGAAGUGACGACAGAGAACGUGUUGAAACUGUUUCCCAGGCUUCGGUGCCUGCUCCAGAAAGAGCUUCAAACCACCCGCUGCAAAACCUAGUCACCUACAGGGGCAGUACUUAGGAAAAGCAAAUGUUUAGAUUAAGGAUCUGAAGAAGUUGUUUUAUAGGGAUAGCAGUUACAGUUUUAAAGAAAAUUUUUUCCCUCCCUCCCUCCCUCCCCGGCUUUGCUGUAGCCCAGCUGGCCUGGAGUUCACUAUGUAGACCAAGCUGGCUUCAUUCUCACAGAGAUUGGCCUUCCUCUACCUCCCAAGGGCUGGGAUUAAAGGCGUGUACUACCACUCUGGACUGGAAAUAUUCUAAAAGCAAAAUUUGACUUGGAUCCUGAAACCCUGGGCUUGCUCUAACUCUAAGCUUGGCUACUCCCAAUUAGUCAAGUCCUGGAGGAGCCUUGCUGUUUCUUAUCUCAUGCCAAGCAGGGCACCAGACAUCUGAAGGCAGCGCUUGUGGGCAGGGCCUCCCCCUAGUAGGACAGGUCCAUUCCUGUGGAGACAGGAGUGGGCCAAAGGCUCAUUCCUCAGCACUGUUUCACCAGUGAAGAUCUGACUCAGAUCCUCAUGCUUGUGAAGCAAGCACGUCACCGACUGAGCCAUCUCUCCAGGUCCCUAUAGUGCUUCUUAAACCUCAUUGUCUAUUAAGUCAUCUAAAGAUAUUAGAGUCUGGUGUAGAGGGUCUGUAUUUCCAAAGAUGCUCAGAUGCUGCUGGCAUUGCUGGUCCUUGAACCACAGCAAGACAAGAGCGAGGGCUUGAAUUGAUGAGAAGGAAAAGAAACUGGUCAGGCAGUUUAGGGGCACAAUUCUUUUUGAUAACCAGCUUGGUCCUGGCCAGACCUGGAAUGUCCUUAGGUCCAUUGGUUGUUCUGUCCUGAUUGGGAGCCGGAAAUACCAAAAAUGUUUAGAGGUUCUGUUUUGUGCUCUAGUUUCUUGUUUUUAUCUCUUUUCUCCAUUUACACAGCAACUUGAAUGAGCAUGCUGGGAAGCCGUGCAUGAUCAGGUGCUUCAUUGGCCCUUGAACCUGGACCUGAAACUCCCCAAGAGAGUUCAUGGAUACCUUGUCAGUGGGAUGGCUGCACUACCAGCUCACCUCCAUGUCCCAACCCAGUGGAGCCUUGACCCCUGGUGGCAGCCUAUCCCUGGGACCUGCUCUUGCUUCCUUUCUCUUAAGCUCUCAGCUAUAAUAAAACUCUUUUCUGAAAGCCA